AGGAGUUCUGUGGCCGACAUCGAGUGAGUUUUAUCGCGGUUUCUUGUCGGAAAUAUUCCAACGCAUGGAGACGCGCAGUUGAGACCGUUCGAAACGAAAAAUUCCAAAAAGCAUGGAGUCGCCGCCGGACCUCGAGACCGUCUACCAGGCCGUCUAUUCUCUCUACAACAAUCCUGACACAUCCGAAAAGGAAAAAGCGUCCCUAUGGCUAGGAGAACUCCAAGGUUCGGUUUUCGCUUGGAAAGUGGCGGAUGAAAUGCUCCAACACAAGAGGGAUUUGGAAUCUUGUUAUUUUGCUGCUCAAACAAUGAGAACGAAAAUCCAGAUGUCUUUCCAUGAAUUACCUGUUGAAGCUCACACGUCUUUAAGAGAUUCCUUAAUGGAUCACUUAUCCCAGAUUAAUGAAAAUACCAAUGGUGUCAUCGUUACGCAGCUAUGCUUGGCACUAGCAGAUUUGGGCCUACAAAUGUCAUCUUGGCAAAAGCCAGUAGUAGAUUUAAUAAACAGAUUUGGAGGAAUCAGUUCUAGUCUAUGGCCGCUACUCGAAGUUAUGAGAGUAUUGCCCGAAGAAGUAAAUUCCCCAUCACUCAGGUUAGGUGCCAAUCGACGGCAACAUAUUAUGAUGGAUCUCGCUGAUAGUGCGGACACAGUCACUGAGUUUCUGAAAAUGUGUUUAAAGAAUAGUGGAGACAAUGUGCAAAUAAUAGUUCGGAUACUUCGCUGCUUUACCAGUUGGAUAGGAGUUCCUGCAGUUCCACUGCCGAACAGUGACAUAGUGGCUUAUGCCUUUCAGGUACUGGGUAAUCACAUGGCUGGCUCACAAAUUCAUGAGGCUGCUACAGACUGUGUUUGCGUGAUUCUGCAAGUCUUGGAAGAUGUCAAUAUAAAUGACCACAGUCAAAAUAACAGCGACCAUAUCCUUCCACAUUUGCAACAUCUACAAUUGUGCCUCUUUACAUGUGUCAUGGCUCUGGAACAACCCUACCACCUGUCGGUUGCACACGAAGAUAUGGAAAAGAAUGGCAAUUGCUGUUACAGGUCUGCAAAUUAUUGUCGGAUAUUUACCGAACUCGCAGAGACGUUUCUAAGAACCAUGGUGGAUGGAUGUGUGGAAGGAAAGCAACAUUACGCUAUUAAAAUCUUAGAUUUAGUUCUAACGUGUGUCGGCCACCACGAUUACGAGGUCGCGGAGAUAACGUUCAAUCUGUGGUAUCGCUUGUCGGAGGUACUUUACCAGCGAAACAACGACGAACUCAAUUCAGUUUUCAAACCACACAUUGAAAGGCUUAUAGGUGCACUUUGUAGGCACUGCCAAAUGGAACCGGAUCAUUUAGGUCUAGUCGAGGAAGGAGGAGGUGGCGAAGAGUUUGCUGAAUUUCGAAUGAAAGUCUCGGAAUUGAUAAAGGAUGUGGUAUUCGUGGUCAGCAGCAGUCACUGCUUCCGACAAAUGUUUUCAAAUUUGACUGGAGGUCCUGGACCGCAAGGACAGCCUGCACAUCCACCUACAUGGGACUCAACGGAGGCAGCUCUCUUCGUAAUGCAAGCUGUCGCUAAGAAUAUCCUACCCGAAGAGAACGAUGUGGUGCCAAAAGUAGUCGAAGCAAUUUUAAACCUGCCGGAGGGCACACACAUCGCAGUUCGACAUACCAGCAUUCUUCUACUCGGUGAGCUCUGCGAGUGGAUUGAAAGGCAUCCCCAAUCAUUAGAGCCGGUAUUAAACUUCCUGUUGGCGUGCCUGAAUCAAAGAGGACUAGGAAACGCUGCCUCGAGUGCGCUGCAAAGCAUCUGUGCUGCUUGUUCGCAGCACAUGGCUGCCCAUUUCCCGGGACUCCUGCAGAUUGCUCGAUCCCUGGACAGUUUUGGCAUCAGCAACGAUGCAGCAAUUGGACUGUUGAGAGGUGUCUCGAUCAUCCUGGCCAGGUUACCUCGGGAGGAGAUCGGGCCAGCGAUGAAGGAGCUCUGCUGGUUCCAGGCGAGGCCACUCUGCGAGCUCCUGGAAUCUCGAGGAAACCAAAGCGACCCUGUGAUAUGGCUCGACAGACUUGCCGCGAUUUUCAGGCACACGAAUCCUAGCAAAGAGGAAUCGAACGAACCUCAUCCUUGCCAAAGUGUUAUUACGGAAAUGUGGCCGGUAUUGUCGAAGACCUGCACAACGUAUCAGCGUGAUGCAAGGUUGAUGGAGAGAUGCUGCCGUUGUCUCAGGUUUGCCGUUCGGUGUGUUGGGAAACAUUCGGCUCACCUUCUUGAACCCCUCGUUAAACAGAUAGUAGAAUUAUACGCGGCACACCAGCACAGCUGCUUCCUGUACCUCGGCUCGGUGUUGGUCGACGAGUACGCAAGCGACAUGGAAUGCGUCUCGGGUUUGCUGGGAAUGCUGGAAGCCUUUAUCGGACCUGCAUUUGCCUUGCUUCAGAAUCCUGACGGACUGAAGAACCAUCCCGACACGGUCGACGACCUCUUUCGCCUGUGCGCUAGAUUUUUGCAAAGAUCACCGGUCGCUUUCCUGCACUCUGGAGCGCUGAGCAGUAUAGUCGAUUGCGCUUUGCUGGCCUGCAGUUUAGACCACAGGGACGCCAACGCGUCCGUGAUGAAGUUCUUUUACGACCUGGUCCACAGCGGCCGAAAUCACGAUAACCGAUCGGAUUUUACGAUAAGGAGACAACUGGUACAAAACAUAAUGAGGGAGAAGGGACAGACCCUGGUUGCGAGGUUGCUCCAUGCCUCGGUUUUUUCGUUACACACGUACAUGCUGUCCGACGUGGCGGACGUCGUCAUCGAGAUGACUUUGUUCGACAAGGAGCUCCUGUCCAAGUGGCUCGAGGAGGCGAUAAAGGCCAUGCCUACCCAGAACGCAGGGGGUUUGCCAACGGCGACGCCGGAACAACUGCUGGAAUUCCAUAGUACGGUUCUACGCAGCGCCGAAACGUCGAAGAUCGUCACGCACGCAUUGCGAGACUUCGCACGGCUGUUUCGUUGACAAGAUCGAGGAAACGAAGGGGAUUCAGAAAUUAGACGAAUUAAGGGGAGGCCGAAGCCUCGGCGAGGUGCUUCGAGAGUCUCUCCCUCGAGGGCCAUGGCGAUGUCGAUUGCAAUUAUUCGAUUUGUGCAUAACCGGGAGCCGGUCAGGAGCGCGAGGACGGCGUUUCCUUCCUUUAUCAGUCUACGAUUAAUUCGGGAAUCGUGCGUGGCCGGUACACCUGUACGGGCUGCCAUGUGAAAUUCAUCCUGUGUGAUUUCAGCCUGCUUAAUCGCGCCUGCUGCCUUGUCGAAAGCCACCCGGGAUGAAGCUAUGACGCUCAGAGCCGGUUUAUUAUUUUUUUUUUUUCCCCGUGGGAUUCAGUCCUUCGAUACACUUGCGUUGAACAUUGUUCAAUCUUACAGAACUCUAGAUUCUAACUAUGACCGCAUUUUACCCUGCUCGGCGAGAUGAUCGCCGCGUUUCGUCCGCAUUUUAUGGUGGAGCCGGGGUUCUAGUUCUUGACGAACGGUACGAUUUGAUCUAACUGUAUCAGGGAUCCGAUUCUCCAGCUCAUAAGAAUUUUUUUUUUGCGCGUGAAAAAUUUCUCAUUCUUGCGAAGUCGCGUCGUUGGUAAACGUUUGAAAGUCGUAUACGAAUGUUGGUCGUGUGAACUGGAGAAUCGGGUUCCAAGGCUUUGCUUAUGGAGCGAAAUGUUUAAUUUUUUUUCUUCUUUUUUCUCACGUAAUGUUCGAGGUAGCCGAUCGCGUUGACCUAGUCCGAACAGUGAUUUACUAUCGAUGGGGGAUUUAAUGUGUUAACGGGGAUAUGUCUGUUGAAAAAAAAAAUUGAGAUACAAGGCUGAGGAUGGUUUUCUGUGGGGCAUUGCGAUGAACGUAUAAAUGACUAAUCGACUCGUGAACCUCUUGGCCAGAUGUAUGUAUUUAUACAUACGCACCGUAUACAUACUUUUAUGUAUUCCGUUCCCUAGUUUUUCAUUCUUUUUCAUUUUUUUUUUUUAAUUUUUCUCGGAAUCGGAAAUCCCGGGGUUUCCAUUUUGCUCACAAAGUCGACGGUUGUUGGAUAAGUGAAAUGUGAAUAAUUAAGGGGGUGUCGAAUAGAAGAAGGAAAAAUUGAGGAGGGAAUAAAUUGUACGAGGGACUCCUCGGGCUCUGCCGUCGCCGAUCCUGAACACGGUGACGCGCUUUGUACAGAGACUUUAUACUUUAUAAAAGAGGCGAGGGAGCGCGGCCUUUCGCCGGGAGUUAUUGUACAGAGACUUGUCGAUCUAUGGAUUAAGAGAGCGGCUCUAGCUCGUAAGCUCGUAGAUUAGGGUCGGAUGUAAGUUAUGACGAGACUGGGGCCGGAUUCGAUCGUGUUUGCAGCGCGGACAUCUUUCGACGGUCCGUUUCUCGCAGACGAUACGAAGCGAUUCGCUGGUUCGCGAGAAUUCUCAUUCGCAGUGGCUGAAAUUCCUUUCUUUUCUCUCUUUCCUUUACCCCCCCAUGUCCUACCGUUCCUUUUUGUAAUGGCGCAUCAUCGACAAACUUGAAAUAAAGUGAUACUUUUUUAAUUAAAA